AUGGUCAACACUGCACUUAUUUAUACUGCAGCUGCAGCUUGGUUGUGUGCUUUGCCCGCGGUUCAUGCUGGAUUGUACCCAAGGAGUUCAGCUGUGUUGUCAAUCGAUGGAAAGGAUUAUGAUCGUAUGAUCGCUCAAUCUAACUAUACUUCCAUUGUCGAAUUCUACGCUCCAUGGUGUGGACAUUGCAAGAACCUUCAACCUGCAUACGAAAAAGCUGCCAAGAACCUCGCCGGCCUCGCAAAAGUAGCAGCAGUUAAUUGUGAUGAAGAAUCAAAUAAAGCUUUCUGCGGAGGAUUUGGUGUGCAAGGUUUCCCUACUCUCAAGAUUGUUAAACCUGGAAGCAAGCCCGGAAAACCCAUCGUUGAAGAUUAUAACGGACCACGAACUGCAAAAGGAAUUGUUGAUGCGGUUGUAGAUAAAAUCCCAAAUUUUGUCAAGAAAGUUACGGACAAGGAUUUGGAGAGUUUCCUAGCUGACGCGAACGACACUGCAAAGGCAAUUCUGUUCACUGAUAAAGGAAAAACAAGUGCCACGUUGAAAGCCAUCGCCAUCGAUUUCAAGGGUAGUAUUAAGGUGGCACAAAUCAGAAACACAGAGAAAGCAUCCGUUGAAUUAUUUGGUAUCACUGAGUUUCCUACACUUAUUCUGUUACCUGGGGGUAAAGCAGCUGAAGGAAUUGUAUAUGAUGGUGAAUUGAAAAAGGAUGGCAUGGUCAAGUUCCUCACGCAAGCUGCCGAACCCAAUCCGGACCCACCAGCAGCAAAAGCAAAGGCUCCAAAAUCCAACGCAAACAAAAAGUCUUCAUCGAAAGCAAAGAAAUCAUUUGAGUCUGCAUCAGAAUCUCACGCCAAAUCCGAGAAGCCUGUCACCCAAACAGACGAAACAUUAGAAGACCAACCAACCGAAUCACCAUCACCGGAGGUCGAAACAGAGAAACCCAUUGUUCUUCCACCGGCGCCAGCGAUUCCUGUUCUUAAGACUGAAGACGAUCUCAAGAAGAAUUGUCUUGGUCCCAAAACCGGGACAUGUAUUCUUGCACUUCUUCCAGAUACAUCAAGCGAGAUUACGGAUUCGGCUUCUACUUCCUUGGCUGAAGUGUCCCACAAGCAUCAUUUACACCAACGAAAGUUAUUCCCAUUCUAUAUCCUGCAGGCCGAAAACCCUGGAUUCUCUCAGAUCAAAGAAGCUCUAGGACUGAAAAGUGAUGUUGAGGUCAUUGCUGUUAAUGGGCGACGGAAUUGGUAUCGAGCCUUGCCUGGCAAGGGGGAUUCUCUAGUGGCUGAAGAUUUGACAAUCGAAGCGAUUGAAAACUGGGUCGACGGUAUCAGGUUGGGUGAGGGUGAGAAGAAAAAGAUUCCAGAAAGUCUCAUUCCUGAGGAAGUUGAGGAAAUUAUUGUGGAAGAGGCAGCUCCGGAACCAGAACCAAAAGCCGCAGAAGAGCCUAUCAUAGUCGUUGAGGAGCUUCCGGAAGAUGGGGAACCACCAGCUCCAGAGCCUAAGAUUAAGCAUGGGGAACUCUAA